CGGCAAAGAGAUGCAGAAAUCUUAGGGUUUAAGGGGCGCGGAGGAGGAGGAGGUUUGUCCGAGACAUGGCUUUUUGGGGAGUGGAAGUAAAACCGGGAAAGCCUUUUAAUCAUAAAUAUGACGACUCGAAAGGACGCCUCCAUAUUUCAAUGGCCACUUUGGGGUGGGGCACUGCAACAGCAAAAAGUACACUGCAGUGCAAUGUAGGAAACCGGCGCCCUGUAUAUCUCUGCUCUCUCUAUCCUGGAAACACCGAGUCAUUGCAAUUAAAUUUAGAGCUCGAGGAAGUUGAUCAAGUUGUUUUCUCUGUAAUUGGCCCUCGGAGCAUUCAUCUAUGCGGUUACUAUCUUGCCACUGCCCGCAAUACCAAUCUUAUUGAUGAUUCGGAAUCAUAUGGGGAGGAUAUUGCAGAUACAGAAACAGAGAGAUCUGAUAACAGUGAUGAAGAUGAGUAUGAGGAUAGUUUUAUUGACGAUGACGGCUUUCCAGAGGUUUUCCCACCAUCUCCUAUUUCCAAUGAAGAGAAACCAAAAGCUAGGAAAGGCAGCCUUCGACGGCUUAGGAAGAAAUACCAGUCAGUAGAGUCGGAUGAUGAUGACUGUUAUGAGCAAACCAUGGAAAUCGAAAAUGAAGAUAACAUACCUAUUUCAUCUCUUUUCAAAAAUACAGCACCUGGAAGGGCUUUGGACCAGGAAAUAGAUGCUAGUGAUGACAGAGGAGCGGGUAAUGCCAGCAACAACAAUGGUGAUGAUGGUGGAAAUAGUAUUGUCGAAGCAAAUUUAAAAUCUGACCAUGUCCUUGUAGAUAGUCA